AUGGUCAUGGAAGCAAUGAUGUGGAAUGAUGCGAAGAGGUGCCACCUGGAGAAUGCCGAAUAUGAUAAGCUACGUCUGUCAUCGCUCACCAGAUCCUUGGCAAGGUGUCAAAAUGAGAUGGAAAACGAACCAAUUCCAAUCGCUGCCUACCUCGAUCAAGAAGCAAAAGACUUGACGAACAAUCCAAUGUGCGGAAGCAAGACGUGCUCACGGAAGACGCUAUUCAAUUUGUUCUGCGUCAAUUUGCCUGUACCAACACAACCUCUGGUGAUACCGGGCUCAGCUGUGCCUCUGGUUAUAUUCGCGAGACCCCCCAUCCCCCACCAAGAUGCUUCUAUUCUUCGAGGAAUGCUCACUCAGGAAGCUCCUGCUCCAGGAACGGCUCUCGUUGGUGCAGCAUCUACAUCUCAACCGGGUCCAUCAGUCCCGGCUCAACAUGCUCCAGGAACGGUCCUCGUUGGUGCAUUAUCUACAUAUCACCCAAACAUAGUUGAAGAGCUCAUCGCCAUCUUCGAUAAGUAUCGAGUCGCUGAUCUUCAGGACAGGACAACAGGACAAGUAGUGGUUCACUCUCCUAAGCCAAACGCCUCAUCAUCUUCAGAAGACACAGAAGUUGAGGGAAAGGACAACAAAAAAGAGGGAACUUCGGAAAUACGGAAGAGAAUCAAUACGUGGUGCCUCGACCAUGAAACCACCGAGGAUGCUUGGCUAGAUGACAAUAUUAUCAAGUUUUAUCUCGAAUUGAUGUGCUCCGAUCACAAUGAAUACAAGGUCAUUGACCCAACUCUAUGGCUGAUGUACAAAGCUCAUAAAGACGAUAGACUCUUGUGGAUUGAGCAACAUUUGAACCACGACAAGACCUGCUUUUUCCCAAUCUGUGAAGCAGACGCAAUGGUGCUUCAGAGAGACGCAGAUGUUAUGUAUCCAUUUCCAAUGAGACACACAGAAAGCGAUAGAUUGAGAGACGCAGAGAAGCAGAGAAAAUACAAUGCCAGCUCUCGUCCUUGCUAUUCAAAUGUAUGUGGUGGUCACACGAAAAGCAACAAAAGAAGCGGCCAGAAUCAAAUUGGAGAAGGAAAUCAGGGAUCUUUCCGAGAAGUCAAUACUCCUAUGGCUGAAGAUGUGGCGCUCCCCGAUUUCGUGAAUGGAGAAGCUUCAUUGGCUAAUGGCCCCCAAUCGACUCUUCCGCCGGCCCUCUCCCAGAUGAUCCAAGCAAGGAUCAAAGAAAUCAAUCAACAACGCUUUGUUCCUCGUUUCCCCAAAACCAGUAGAAGAACACAGACAAAGUUCGAUUGGAUUCAAUCCAACAAUGGGGUUCAAAGGGGAAGUGGCAUCCAAGUGUCAAACACAGAAGUUCGAGAGGAUCUUGAGGAACCUGAAGGAUCCGAGAAAAGGAGAUCGAUUGGAAUUCAAACUCCAUUCGUCAUUCGCACUGAAGAAAAGAAGAAGAACAUCGAGUACAUCGAUUGGGAGCAGUUGGAUGAAAACGACCAUAUGGCUCAAAUCGAGGAAAGACAAAAAGCCAUUGCAUCCAGAAGACGUGACAAUCGCCGCCGUCUUCAAGCUCAUCGUGGAGACGGAACUUUGGGAGACCCCAUCUUUGUUGGGUCGUCGGACACCGAAGACGAGGAGGCAGAAGAUGAGCAACAGGAGGACCCAGAAGGAGUUGACUCCGUAAAGGUCGAAGCUGAGAACUUUGUUGCGAGACUCCAAAUUGCCAAUCUGGAUUCUUCGAAGCUCAUCGAGAAGUUCAUUGCCGAUGUGUCCUCAAACGAAGUUCCUUGUUUUGGAGAUAUUCCAGUUUAUCACCCAAAUGAUUUCGGUCUUGGAAUACUGAUUUUCAAAGUCUCCUGGAUUGUAUGGAAAUGUGUUCUUCUCUUCGCUAAUUGGCUCAAUGUGUCUUUUGGUUUUUUUUUGUAA